GGCCUGGUCGGGACCCUGCAGGAGGGAGAAGGCUUCGGCGAGUUGGCGUUGGUCAAUGAUGCUCCUCGCGCUGCCACCAUCAUCCUCCGUGAGAACCACUGCCUCUUCCUCAGGGUCGAUAAGGAAGACUUUAAACGCAUCCUGACGGACGUGGAGGCGAACACAAUCCACCUGAAGGAACAUGGUCAAGAUGUUUUAGUACUGGAGAAGUGCCAGCCUGCUGUUAGUCCUGGGCAAGGGCGCUCAGCCGCCAGGUACCUCGUGAUGUCUGGAACACCGGAGAAGAUUCUGGAAUACCUCCUGGACACCGUCAGUUUGGACACAUUGUACAGCGACCCCACAGAUACGUUCCUGGGGGACUUCCUCCUCAUGCGCAGUAUCUUCAUGCCAACCACCCAGUUCCACAAAGCCCUGCUCAACUAA